AUGCCAACCAUCAUCCUAAUCACUGGCGCAAACUCAGGUGUAGGCUAUGCAGCCGCCAAAGUCAUCGCCAGUUCUUCCUUCGAAUAUUACGUCCUCAUGGCAGGUCGAAACAUGGCCAAAGUCGACGCGGCACGAUCAGAGCUAGAAGCCAGCGGCACCAUCAAGGGCAAACUGUUCAGCAUUCGCCUCGACGUCACGGACGAAUCGACCAUCAAACAAGCAGCCUCCAAGGUCGAGAAACAGUUUGGACGAGUGGACGUGCUGAUCAACAAUGCCGGAGUCGGCAACCGCGAUCCUGACCUCGAGACUCGUUUACGUGCAAACUUCGACACCAACGUCGUUGGUCCAGCUCUUGUGUCCCAAGCAUCUCGACCCUUACUCUUAAAGUCAACCAAUCCACGCUCUAUAUACAUUUCUAGUGGCUCAGGUUCUAUCGAACGUGCAUCUCACCGCACAAAACAAGUUCUCCCAAAUGCGGAAUCUUAUAGUGUAUCAAAGGCUGCGUUGAACAUGCUUGCUCUGAACGAGAAGAUCGACUAUGGUGCACAGGGUCUGAAGGUUUUCGUCUUCUGCCCAGGAUUUGUUGUCAGUAAUAUUCGAGGAAGUAGUAAGGAAGAAAGAAGCGGGGGAGGUAUGGCGGGAGAUCCUGAUGUUUCAGCUAUGAUGUUGCUUGACAUGAUCGAGGAGAGGAGGGAUGAAGAUAUAGGUAAAUUUAUACAUAGAGACGGCAUCUAUCCUUGGUAA